UCAAUCCCCUCCUCCUUCUCUCUCUCUCUCUCUCUCUCUCUCUCUCUCUCUCUCUCUCCUCAAACCCCCCACAACCAAUUUCACAACUCCAAUUUAGGGUUAGGGUUAGGGUUUCAAUCCCAAAUCAACCCCUCCCUCUUUUCUCUCUCCCUGUAAUGCUCAAUUCCCCUUUAAAACCAAUGUACGGUCACGCCCACCCCAUGGACAUGCAGAACCAGAUCCCCGCCGCCGCCGCCAACGACGACGACGCCCCCGGCGCCGAGUCCAUCGACAACGCCCACAUUCACUACGAAGGCCACACCCUCGAGGACGGCGGCGUCGUCGUCGAGGAGGCCACCUCCGACGACGUUUACAUUCACGGAGGGAACACCGACCUCGACAUGGCUAUUCCCUACGAGGGCUCCAGUCAGCUCACGCUUUCGUUCCGCGGCCAAGUCUAUGUCUUUGACUCCGUCACCCCUGAUAAGGUUCAAGCUGUGCUAUUACUGUUGGGGGGCUCGGAAUCGUCUUCCGGUAAUCAAGGUGGAGACAUGGCAGCUCAGAACCAGAGGGCCAUGGCAGAGUUUCCAACAGGCUGUAAUCAGCCUCAUAGAGUUGCGUCGUUAAAUAGGUUCCGUCAAAAGAGGAAAGAACGGAACUUUGAUAAGAAAGUCAGAUAUAGUGUCCGCCAGGAAGUUGCACUCAGGAUGCAGCGUAACAAGGGGCAAUUUACUUCCUCCAAAAAGUCGGAUGGAGAUUACAGCUGGGGUUCUGGCCAAGACUCGAGGCAAGAUGACAGCAAUGCAGAAACCUCAUGUACACAUUGUGGAACAAGUUCAAAGUGCACACCGAUGAUGCGGCGUGGUCCAUCCGGUCCAAGGUCUCUUUGCAAUGCUUGUGGCCUCUUCUGGGCAAAUAGGGGUGUUUUGAGGGAUAUCUCCAAGAGACCGCAGGGUCAAUCUCAGGCAGUUGGAGAACAGGGUGAGACUGAAGCUGAUGACUCGGACUCUGGAAUGGUCCUGGUUGUACACAAUGGUGAGCCUGUUCCUUUAUCUAAUGGUGAUAACAAGGCUUUAGUUGCUGAAACGUAGGUCGGUGGGAUUAAAAUCCCAAUUUAAGUAGAGGUUGGGUCGUAAUUUUCAUUUGGCUUAUCCGAUCUAUGUACAGCAAUAGUAGUGCCUUGAUCAAUACACGAAGUAACUUAUUGUCUUUCCUUUUCGAAGGUUUUGCUACACUACCCUGGGAGGACAUAAACGUAUUUGCAAAACUGAAUCCGUUUUAUAAUAUCAUGUAUUCUCUUGGAACAUGACCAUUUCAUCAGUUUUUAGCUGACCUGAAAUACAUUUCUGGUAAUUUGAUUGCUUGCUCAGAA